AUGAAGCCCGAGGACGAGGAGUGCGAGAGGAUUUUUAGGGAGACUCAUCGCCGUGAUUUGCAGGGUCGUUAUGAGGUCCGUUUGCCGUUAAAACCGAAUCUGCCGCUUGUUGGAGACGAGACUCGUAGAAUGGCUCUUGGGUCUCUCAGGCAUAUGCAUCGCCGCUUUGCUCGUGACCCGAAGUUAGCUCAGGGUUAUCGUGAGUUCAUGCGAACCUACGAGGAGCUAGGACAUAUGACUCCGAUUCCAUCUUCGGAGAUACCACAGUCCAAGGUUUGGUAUGUGCCGCAUCAUUCGGUUAUUCAAGGGACCCCAGACACGUGGAAGCUAAGGAUUCGAGUCCACCGGGAUGAUCAGGACUACCAGCGGAUAGUAUGGGCCCCGGAUGCAGAUUCUUCCCCGGUAGAGUACCGACUGUCCACGGUCACAUACGGGACAGCGUGCGCUCCGUUUUUGGCCAUUCGUACGCUUCUGCAGUUAGCUGAGGACGAAGGGACGACCUUUCCCCUAGGCGCUCAGUGUCUGAAUUCUGAGACAUACGUGGAUGACACGUUCGCCGGUGCGGAUGAUCUAAUCACGGCUAUACAGAAAAGGGAUGAAUUGGUGAAGAUUCUAAGUUCUGCAGGCAUUUCUCUUGACAAAUGGGCCGCCAAUUAUGUCGAGCUGCUUCCUCCGAAGGCUGAGCAGAGUGUGAUUAAAAAUAUCGAG